GGAACUUCCUCGACUUCCGUUUCCAACGACACUCUGCAAUCAGACAAGAGUCAAGAAACACUGUUUUAUUAUUCCUAUGCGAUUAACGUAUAGAGAACUAAGAUAAAGGGAAAUGUCCGACAAGAAGCGUACUCGACUUCAGGCUUUCGGACAUCUGACAUCUGAAUCCGUUCCGUCUUCCUCCUCCACUGAGGUCGUAGACAAACCGGCCAAGAAGCGCAAGAAAUCUACUAGUACCAAGCCCCGAGGCAGCAGACAACUGGAUCUUUCUGAAUGGCCCAAUCAUUUCAAUAUGCUAUUCAAGGUGUUUAAGGCACUCAACACCGUCCUUGCAUUUGUAUCAUCACGAAGGGAGCUUGCCACGUCUUUCCCUGUAAUUCGUCAGUCUGUAGAGAACAUCACGAAACAGCCGCUGGAGCUCGCGCAAGUAGCAGAACUCAAAGCCCUGCUGCCUGAAAUUAUCACUUUUUCUUAUGUACCUUCCCUUCCUGAGGAUACAACUAUGCUUCAAGGACCGUCUUCGCAGAGCGCCACAGAUUCAGAAGGACAUGUCCUGCGUCUGGAAUUCGUGGACAAUUGGAAUGGGGCGUCAAAGAAUAGCCAAGGGCUUUUGAUCCCAUCUGCGCGUUCCGCCGCUUUGACUAAAAAGUUGAUAGAUAGGCGCAAUAAUAGAUUUAUUCAAGCCGUCGAAGAGCUUCUGCAGGCAGUUUCACCCGAAGAAGAUGCCGUCGCUCUUGUUCAAACAGCGGCCAAGGCAUGCGUUCCGGCCAAGCCUCAACUUCAGACUGCAGGGACCGACGAUCUUGAGCCUUAUUUCUCUGUGCCUGAACCAAAGGACCGCCCUUCAGUCCAAGAAGUCCUCGCCAACAUCGUGUCGCAGCAUUGGUAUAAGGACCAAAUUGUGACGAGGAGAACUUUCCAAGCCAAAGACGGACACACAGAUCUGGAAUUGGAUGUGCCGUUAUCCUCCACGAUUCAAGUCGCUUUGAAAGAUUCACGAAACAUCACCAAUCUCUACUCUCACCAAGUUACGGCUAUCAAUGCCAUUGGCAAGGGAAGAAAUGCCAUUGUGUCUACCAGUACCGCUUCAGGUAAAAGCGUUAUUUAUCAAGUCCCGUUGUUACGAUUUCUGGAAGAAAAUCCCGAUGCCACGGCUAUAUUCGUCUAUCCGACCAAGGCAUUGGCUCAGGACCAAAGAGGGGCUCUGGAGCAGCUGCUAUGCACAUGCCCUGGCCUUCAGCAUAUCAAGGUUUCAACAUAUGAUGGGGAUACUCCUCAGGAUAAGCGUAAAGGCAUUCGGGAGUCCGCGUCUGUGAUAUUAACGAACUUUGACACGAUCCAUGCGUCCAUCCUGCCCCAGGAAGAUUCCUGGCGAACAUUUUUUAAAAACAUUAAGCUUUUUGUUAUGGAUGAGCUACACUAUUACACCGGCCUAUUUGGCACGCAUGUCGCAUAUAUCAUGAGACGCUUUCGCCGUAUAUGUGCAGCAGUAGGAAAUCGAAGAAUUCACUUCGUUUCGUGUAGCGCCACAAUAUCAAACCCAGGAAGUCAUAUGGAGCGUAUAUUUGGCCUCGACAGCAGUGGUGUUGAAGUUGUUACAGAGGAUGGCGCCCCAACGGGCGAAAAGAGUUUCGUAGUCUGGCAACCGUCAAAUAUCGAUCUUGUCGCCCCCGGUUUCGGAAGAGACAGCUCUUUAUCGGAGGCCGUUAGACUCAUGAUCCAUUUGAUGAAGCAUGGCGUUCGCGUAAUUUUGUUCUGCAAGUUCAGGAAGGCGUGCGAAAUGGCUAUGAAAGCUCUUCGUGUCAUGUUAGGAAUGAGCCGACGUGGUGACAUCCUGCAAAGAGUGAAGUCUUACAGAGGUGGAUACUCACCAGAAGAUCGGCGUGACAUAGAGCGUGACGCAUUCAGCGGACAACUACUCGGAAUUGUGGCCACAAAUGCAUUAGAGCUUGGUGUUGACAUUGGGGCUCUUGACGCUGUAAUUAUGCUAGGCUUUCCGCUGAACAUAUCAAGCCUCAGGCAACAAACUGGAAGAGCGGGUCGGAGGUCCCGUGAUUCUCUAGCGAUCCUUGUAGCCGAAGCCCUACCAGUAGAUCAGUACUAUGUCAACCACCCGGAAGAUCUAUUCGAUAAGAGUCCCGAUGAUUUGGUCAUCGACUUGGAUAGCAAACUGACCUUGGAAGCUCACUUGCAAUGUGCUGCAAACGAAAUGCCAAUAUCGUUGAAAGAUCAGGUUUAUUUUGGCCCUUUAAUGAUCGAAGUUUGCAAGACACGACUCGUUGCGGACGAUGAGGGCUGGUAUCACACUCACCACAAAUUCCGUCCUUAUCCAUCCAAGUACAUCACUCUUCGUGGGGUUGAAGAAGACAAGUACCUAAUCAUCGAUGUCACACAAGGAAGGCACACUAUCCUCGAAGAGAUGGAAAUGUCUCGCGUUCUUUUUGAAAUUUAUGAUGGUGCUGUUUUUAUACAUCAGGGAAGAACUUACAUUGUCAAGGAACUCCGCCACAGUGCAAAAACUGCUACACUGAUUCAAAAAGACGUCGACUACAUAACAUCACCUAGGGACUAUACCGACGUGAACGCGGUGCAGACGCUUCGCAUUCGUGAGAUCAAAGGUUCUCCGGAGCUUGCAUAUUACGGAAACGUUGAGGUCAAGGUCAAGGUCUUUGGAUAUUUUGUACUCAAGGACAGCAAGAUAAAAGACGUCGUCGACCUUGACAAUGAUCCUUGGGAGCAAGAGACUAUGGGAAUGUGGCUCGAUGUACCAAAGCAGAUACCGGGCUGGCUCAGCAACAAAGGGAUCAAACCUGCAGCAGCUAUUCAUGCAGCGGAACACGCGUUUCUCAACAGGUUUGCGUUAGCUCAAGAUGUCAAGACUGAAUGCAAAGCCGAGGAGAAGGAGAUAAUGAUCAAGAAGGAAUCCCAGCGCAAGCGACCUGCUCGGUAGGUUACACUCUUAGUCACGUCAUGGCCUGCAGUCUAUGCUUUUCCCGUUAGGAUCAUAUUCUGUGAUCAUGUCGGACAAGGAAUGGGCAGUGGUAUGACGGCAAAAGCUUUCGACAACGUUUAUGACAUACUGCGUAAAGCCUAUGAGGCGAUCGUCAGUUGCGACUGCGACGAUCUCAAGGGAUGUACUAAAUGUAAGCAAUCUGAUUUUGGUAUCUAAGCAACCUCAGCAGUGGUCUCCAGGUGUACAAAGUCCCUCAUGCACAGAAGGCAACAAGGUCUGUUCAAAGUCCGGCGCACUCGUCAUUCUGAA